AUGUUGACAAGAACAAGAUGCAACACGGUUCAAGUAGGGAAUGACAGGAGGGUCUUGGGGAGGUCAUGUGCUGGCACAGGGGUCCGAGUCAGUGCAAGGUUGCGAGGUUUUGAGGCAGCGCCAAGGAUUUCACAAGCAGCCAAGCUUCUUUCCGGAAUGUGGGUGCAGCAGAACAAAUUUUCGAACAUGCAGUCAGAUCCCAUGACCACUAGGACAACGUACAUGUUCCGCAAGCUUUCCCUCUGCUGGCAAUACUGGUCAACCAAUCUUCAUUGUGCUGCUGCCCCCACAAUUCUGACCAUCAAAAACUCUGACCUUCAAGCAAGAUGUGUCCAAUAUACUUACGCUACUAACUCGCAUUACAUCAUGCACCACCUGCAAUGUCUCCCAAACAAUUCUGCUGGAGGAUUCUAUGCUGCUACGCCAAGACUUAUUCGUCAUGUUGAAUAUUUCAUAGGUGGACAGGACGGAAACAUUCUUAUCAGCAAGGGAGGCGGACUCCAACCCACAGAGUUCAUCAUCCACGAUGGAAAUUUUAAUCCCUCAAAUGUGUUUCAUGGUCGCUUUGCAGAUGUGAGAUUGAGCUGUCAGCUCACCGCUGGCCAGUAA